UGACGCAAGUCAGAUUAAAUCCGGGCAGAACCAAACCAUCAAAAGGGCUUCUUUUUGGGUGUGCUGUUCUGUCUUUGUCUUGAAGAAGAAGAAAAGAAGAAAAACCCUCUUAAAAUACAGUCCAGAGAGAGAGAGAAAGAGAGGAAAAGCAAGUUUUUCAGUGGAAGAAAGCUAGCAAUCAAAACGUUGCCGUAGGGGAAAAUGUUCAGGAACCAGUACGAUACCGACGUGACUACAUGGAGCCCCGCAGGGCGGUUGUUCCAAGUGGAAUACGCAAUGGAAGCUGUGAAGCAGGGCUCGGCGGCGAUCGGGCUUCGAUCCAAGACCCAUAUCGUCUUGGGUUGUGUCAACAAGGCUAACUCCGAGUUGUCUUCUCACCAGAAGAAGAUCUUCAAAGUGGACGACCACAUCGGCGUCGCCAUAGCCGGUCUCACCGCCGACGGCCGCGUCCUCUCUCGUUAUAUGCGAAACGAGUGUAUUAACUACAGCUUCACGUACGAGUCGCCGCUUCCUGUAGGCAGACUCGUCGUCCAACUCGCCGAUAAAGCCCAGGUCUGCACCCAACGCUCUUGGAAAAGACCUUAUGGUGUUGGCCUGUUGGUGGCUGGCUUGGAUGAAUCUGGGGCUCAUCUCUACUACAACUGCCCAAGCGGAAAUUACUUUGAGUACCAGGCUUUUGCCAUUGGAUCCCGCUCACAAGCUGCAAAGACGUACUUGGAACGCAGGUUUGAGAACUUUGCAGAUUCCUCACGGGAUGAUCUGGUCAAAGAUGCUCUUAUGGCAAUAAGGGAGACCCUGCAAGGAGAAACUCUAAAAAGCUCAAUAUGUACAGUUGCUGUGGUAGGGGUUGGGGAGCCAUUCCAUAUUUUGGAUCAGGAAACUGUACAACAAAUGAUUGAUGCCUUUGACAUUGUCGGAGAGAAAGAAGGUCCUGCUGCCGAACCUGAUGAUGCAGCUGCAGGACAGGAGGUUGAAGCUGAGCAGGGUGCUGCUGCUGAUCAGGGUGGUUCUACCGAUGAAGGUGUGGCCCCAAUGGAUAUUUGAGGAUGCAAGAACGCCACAGUCCCAUCCUUGUCUUUAGAUGAGGUUUUCUAGCAUGUGUUUGCAGAUUUGAGUUAGGCACUGCUAGACAUUAUUGUGUUGGAUAUAUCCUUCUUUCUUAUGCAAAUUAUCUUCACCCUUGGUGCAAACAUGCAAUGCUAGCCUGAGCUGAAACUUAAAACUACAUUUACAUUUAUACUCAAGAUACGAAGUUGUUGACUUAAUUUAAGUGUUACUACUUUGAAUUAUGAAAUUUGAUGCUAGUCUCUUGCAAGACAAAGAUUGAAGGGGCAGACAUGAGGAUUUGUGAUUGACUCAAAUUUGCAUCAAGGGCACAAAGACACCCAUAAACGUUAAACAACAUAUAGAUUUUGUUCUACUAGUUCCUAGUUGUACGAACUCAAGUAUAAUGGUGGGUAUUUUAGCAAGCUGAACGUGUAGACAUCCUAUUGAAACUUGACUUCAUAGAUUCAAAUCUUUGCAUGUACUGAAAACGGAAUUUUGCGCGAUAGCCAGUCUUGUUCAUUUUCCAAUACGGCCAAUUUUAAAUUUGGACCUUAAUUUCUGCCUUUGAAUUGCAUGUUUAGGAAAUUUCAGAACCAGUUUGGUAGUCUUUUUUGAUGAUUGAUGC